CUGAAAACAUCUCCAACCGCAACUAAACAAGAAGAAGAUGCGCGCACAGACGCACCUGGAAAAACAGAAAGAUCAUCAACAAAAACCCAAUUAAGAUAAGCUCAAAAGGAAUUUAAUUUGAGGUUCAAAUCUAAUUUUCGGAGGCAAACUCAUCUCUAAAACUCUCUUCUCGGGGUGUUUAAAGUCUCUCCCUUUUCUUUUUCAUUUUUUUUUUGCUUCUCUUGUUGUCGUUAUUUGUUGGCUAAUGUAGGUUGCCCUUUUUGUUAAGGUUGAGGUUGAGGUUUGUUUUCUUUAGUUUGGUAUCAGAAUACUAUUGUGAAUCAGUUUCUCAUGCAAUUCCAUUGAUUGGAAGAAUAGAAUUCCCUUUUAUCCCUAGGAAAAAAGGUCAAUUAACAGGUUAUCAUUGCAUAUGCGAUUUCGGGGUAUUUGAUAUUUUCUUUAAAAUUUUUAAAACUGGGUUUUGUUUUUAGCUUUAGCUUGGUGCGUUAAGUUUUAGACCCUGAUUUUGAGGAAACAAAGUGUUUGUUUGUUUUUCUUUGUGUGCGUGUGUGGGGUUUUUGAUGUGUCUUUGCAUAAAAGAUAAGAGGAAAUAGACGAGAAGUGGAGUUUUGGGUAUUACAAAUCAGGAGUAGUCGGUAUUGGUUACUGAGAGAGAAUGAGUUUUGUAGGAGAAAAGGAGACAUGAAAAGUGGGAUUAUUGUGGGUCUAGAGGUACAAUGAAUGGAGGGUCAUUAGGUCAAAGGGGGAGCUAUGGAUCGUUGCUGUGUGAUGGAAAAUCAUCAAAUAAUGCACGAAAACCAUCUUCGAAAAUGCUGCCAGUUAGUUCAAGGGAGAAGGAACGGGUUCUCCUGGGUAUUACCCGGUGUUUGGGACGUAGAAGAUUUGCAAUGUUGCUCUUGGUUUCACUUGCUCUCCUAGUUUUCAUCUGGGGUUCCUUUACAGUCACCAAAGCUGUGCCAAGCAGAAAAGAAAGGGAAAAAAAAAAAAAAGGAAACAAGAAUAAAGAGGAGGUACUGCACGAAUUCUGUUCCCAUAUAGGUGCAACCUUAAAAACCACAAGUCCAACUGUUAGACCAACGGGUAGUAUACAUUUUGACAACAUUGCUAUGGUAAGCCAUCGUUCCACUGUUUGUCAUUAUAGAGUUAAUAGUACAUUGGGCCAUCCAUGCGACAAGUUUUCUCUCCCUCCUCCCCCUCCUUCUGGUGGACGACGGAUUGGACCACGCCCGUGUCCAGUAUGUUACAUUUCUGCUGAGCAAGCUAGAGCUAGCAUGCCAUGCUCCUCAUCCGCAUCACCAGUACUGCACAACUUGACAUAUGUUGUUGAUGAAAACCCAGUAAAAACUGAAUCACAUGGAGGUUCGGACUUUGGUGGAUAUCCUUCUCUAAAGCAGAGGAAUGAUUCUUUUGAUGUACGUGAAUCAAUGACAGUUCACUGUGGAUUUGUUAAAGGAAAUAGACCUGGUUUCCAGACUGGAUUUGAUAUUGAUGAAGCUGACCUGAUGAAACUGGAAGAUUCCCAUGAGGUCAUUGUUGCGUCAGCUAUAUUUGGGAACUAUGACAUAAUACAACAGCCACAGAACAUUAGUGAAGCAGCUAGGAAAAACGUUCCUUUCUAUAUGUUUGUUGAUAAAGAGACAGAAAUGUAUUUGAAGAAUUCUAGCGCCCUAGAUAGCAAUAUGAGGAUUGGACUGUGGAGGUUUGUUUGCAUUUGUUUGGUUGUUCCAAAACUUUUAUUGCACAGGCUCUUGCCUAAUGUUAGGUAUUCCAUAUGGAUAGAUGGAAAGCUCCAGCUUGUUGUGGAUCCAUAUCAAGUUCUUGAGAGAUUCUUGUGGCAGCAAAAUGCCAGUUUUGCAAUCUCAAGACACUAUCAUCGCUUUGAUGUGUUUGAAGAGGCUGAAGCUAACAAAGCUGCAGGAAAGUCUGACAAUUCAUCCAUUGAUUACCAGAUUGAAUUUUAUAAAAAAGAGGGUUUAUCACCAUAUUCCAAGGCUAAGCUUCCAAUAACCAGUGAUGUUCCUGAAGGUUGUGUUAUCAUAAGGGAACAUAUUCCCAUCACAAAUCUGUUUACCUGCCUGUGGUUCAAUGAAGUUGAUCGGUUUACUGCCAGAGAUCAGUUAAGCUUCUCCACUGUGAGGGAUAAAAUAAUGGCUAAAGUUGAUUGGAGCAUCAAUAUGUUUUUGGAUUGUGAGAGGCGUAAUUUUGUGAUUCAGGCUUACCACAAAGAUCUUUUGGACCAAAUGCCACCCCCGGUUGCUCCUGCUAUUCAUCAUCCCCUACCUUUGCAUCGUGAUAGCUCAUCCGGGAGGAGCUCAGGUAAAAAUUCUAGGCGUGGAAGAGAUAGGAGAUCUGGUUCAAGGCAACACCGCAAGGCCGCUGCGGGUAUCAGGGAGAAACAAGCCUUUUUAUAGGAGAGGUAUACUUAGGUUUUCCCCCAUCAUACAGCAAGGGAUGAUGGAUUUGGUUAGAAAUAUUUAGAAUGGCCCCAGAACGAAGCAACUCAAACUUUGAUGUCUCAUUCUUUCAUUGUUGUAAAUACUUGAUAUCAAAUAAGCUCCUGGAAGCUGCAAUCAUUUAAUGUCAUCUAGAUUUUCAUUUCCUGGCU